AUUCCGAUUGGCUGUUCUGCCGGAGGUCAGAGUUCGUGAAGUUCAAAAGCAAAAUGGCUGCCGAACCCGCACGAGAGUGGAGCGAUGAGAAGCUGAACAGUGAGGAAAUACCUAAAAAAGACAUUAUCAAAUUUCUGCAGGACAAUGCAUCACAUUCGUUUCUUGUUGAACACAAACUCAUGGGAAAUAUCAAAAAUGUUGUGAAGACUGCAAAAAAGGAGCAGCUCGUUCUCGCCUACAACCAGCUCUUUGAGAGCAAGAAGUUUAAAGGCACAGAAGUGGAGCAGGUGUCUGAGCAGGUGAAAGCUGUGAAGAUCGACGAGAAGCCCAAAGACGCAAAAACAGAAGUCGUAGAUGAGGGCCCCCCAAAGUUCACAAAGUCAGUGUUAAAGAAAGGAGACAAGACCAACUUUCCCAAAAAGGGAGACACAGUGUCAUGUUGGUAUACUGGCACGCUUGAGGAUGGCACUGUUUUUGAUACCAACAUCCCUUCAGCAGCACGGAAAAAGAAGCAGACUAAACCACUCUCCUUUAAAGUCGGGCUUGGCAAAGUUAUCAGAGGGUGGGACGAGGGGCUCCUGGUCAUGAGCAAAGGCGAGACUGCACGCUUGGAAAUCGAGUCAGAAUGGGCUUACGGUAAAAAGGGGCUUCCUGAUUCCAAAAUCCCACCAAAUGCAAAACUUAUUUUUGAGGUUGAACUGGUGGCCAUCGAUUAGGAUCACGGCUGAAACAUUACAGCAGGACUCUGGCAUGUUUAUCAGCGUUCAUAUUAAACUCAACUGUAAUGCACUGCAACAUACUCUAUACUACAGGUCAUGAUUAAAAAACAACCAUGUUAUACUACACAUGUUAAAGGAAAUUAAUAAAAAAUUCUGAGCUGGC